AUGCUGUUGGAGAGGUAAGAAAAGCUGCUGAACCUUGAAAGUUGAAAGUUGAAAGUUGAAACUGGGACAUGUAUGAACUUGAUCUUGACACUUUAAUAUUUGUAUUUUGGUUUUUAACAUAGAUAUCUCAUAUGGUUUUUAAUCAUGCAGUAUUGUCAUAUCGAUCAUUGAAUGCAAAAUGUUUUGAUAUUUUUCAGACAUUUAUGAGAAACAUUAGAAACCUCACCAGCUAUAUGGGCCAGUGAUAUAGUUAAUAAUAUAGUGCUGUACAUCUGCUGAGUUUUACAAAUCUUUACAGUGAUUUCUAGUAAACAGUUUAUUUAUAUGUCCAUUAUUUUGAUGUUAAACUAACAUAUCUUUUCAUGUUAAUUGCAGUUAUUUGAUCCUAAAAGCCAAAUGGAAAAAUGUGAGGAAAGCUGGACUUUAUAGGCAAAACAUUGGGUUGAUAUACAGUAUUUGUUGAAAUUGUGGAAUUAUAAUAUGUGAUUUCAGCUUUCAUGCAUAUUAUAAAUUAUGAAUAAUACCACAACCUCUCCAAGUCAAACUGCUGAACCCGGCUUAGUUUUUGUUGUCUUAGCGUGUGUUUUGUUAUCAUUUUGGCUUCUCUUCCUGGGUUUUUAUUUUUCAAGAUUUGUUGGACUUAUUCUUACCCGAAUCUUCAGUAAGCUAUUCAUUCCAAAGGAUGCCUAUCUUAGAAUUGGUAAGUCGAUCUUAUUGAGUCCAUACAGAUCACAUGCAAUCAUGUACCCAGAGCCUGUAAUCCUCUGCAGUGUACGUCUCUGAUAGGUUGACUGAUAUAAUUAACAAUUAUUCGCCAAAGGGAAGGUUUAUUCACGAUAAUCACCAGGCGUGAGGUACGUGAAUAAUUGUUUUAGUAUAAUUUCAUAGGUGAUUAUUUAGAAAAAAAUAAAAAAUACACAUUUCUUUGUCAUUUAAUUGACAAAACGGCUUCGGCCACCGUUUCAAAAAUCACUUAGGUGAUUAUCACAUUAUAAUCACCUCACGUUAUAAUCACCUCACGGCAACCAAUCAGCGAGGAGAAUUUUCAAUAAUCACCCACCAUACUAAUUGUCAUUAUUCCAUGGACGAAAUUGUAUGUAAAAUUUUAAUAAGUGUACAUUUUACUAACUGCUAGUAUUAUAUUACAAGUAUUCCCCCCCCCCUUCCCCCAUUAGGAAGUGUGAAUAUUUUCUGGAAUGACCUAGUGGCAUAUAUUAUAUCUUUAUAAUAUAAGAGAUUUCUUGGUCCUUACUGUUUUGGCAAAACAAUUGAAAUUAAUCUCUUUUGAAGGAUCUAUAAACAGACAUAUAACAAAUAGUAGUGCUUUAUACUUUAUAUCUCCAUUACAAGCCUAGAAAAUAUAUUUCUCUUCUCUUUGUGCAUAAUUAUGCAGAUUUCAGAGAAUGUAUGGUGCUACAUAGUGUGAUCGACUUCAAUCUCGGCACAAGAUAAUUUUGUAAAACACUUCUGGAAUUUUUAAACAAUAAGUAAAUUUUAUGGCAUUCCAGAGUAUACACUGUAAGAUGACAAAAAUUUCCUGCAAAUUAUAAGAAAAUUUCCUGUGAAGAUAUUUUGUUAAACACUUCAUGGCAGUGGUGCUGCUGGCACUGCCAGACAUUUUUCAGAACUGCUCCAUUAUCUAAACCAUCAUGAAACAACAGUGUCAAUAGCUUCAACUGUGUCAUUAUUUCAUUAUCACUUCAUGUUUGUGUGGCAGCCAUAUGUAACUUUGGAAUGCCGAGCAGAGUACUAAAGCCACUGUUUGGGCAAAAUGAGGAUACAGCUAGUGUUGGAGUGUAUUGUUCAACUUCUUGUUUUGCCAUUAAUUAAAUCAUUAAGUUGUACUGUCCCCCGAUGAGCCUUACUUUAUUGUUUUACUCUGUCUAACAGACGAUUUUACUCAUCAAGGGGAGAGCGCUGGUGCUUGUAAUAUUAGAGGGUAUGGAAACUGGGAUUUGCCUAUUUUUGGACUGGGAAAAUAGGAUUUGGAUUACUGGGACCAGGAAAGAGAGACACAAAAUGGGAAUGGGAAAACCCAUAUAGUAUAAAGACAGUUGUAGUUGUACAUUUACUGCAGAGCAAUUUUUGAUAGAGAAUUUGUAUAAUAAGUCCAGGAAUACUGAAUUUACUAUUGUGAAAUGAACGUUUUGCUUUAUUGCUCAUAUGUAGAGUUUUCCUAUCCCGCUCCAUACUUUCUGUUCCUGCAAUCUUGACAGGUACACUUACGUACAUGACAAAAUGUGCUGUCCGUAUAUGUAAGAUAAAGCAUUAACGAAACACUUGCCAAAAGUUUACUUAUUACUAGAAAUUUCGCACAGGGUCUUUGGCUCUUAGCUAGGAUUUUAGAUUUUGGGAGUGUUUUUAGAUUUCCAGGGUGUGCACCUGCCGAUUACCCAGAACAACCAAAUGCACGGUUCCAGUUAUGGCAAACUGUCAUUACAAUUAAUGAUUGUAGGGACUCUUUGGCCAUUUAAAGUUAUUUUGACACCGAUACGACUGCCACUGCAUAUAUCCAUCCAAAUAUAACAACAACGUUAAGUUACGUAUAAGGAAUCGCUGUAUUCGCUGACUAUUUUUAGUGAAAUACAGAAACGACGGUAACUCCGAAAAUUAACAAAAAAUAAUACGGGUCACUUUUACCAAUUUCCCCAAACUAGAUUUUACAAAUUUUCUAACGCCAUAAACAAAAGCAAAUUUCCAUCGAACCUGUUUCAGUAGAAGCGUUCAAUGUAUACAGUAUAGUGAAUUAGUUUGUUCCGUUAUGGCUAUAGCUCCUCAUACAUGCGUUUAUAUCAAUAUUAUAAUAUUGAAUUAAAAAUGACGUCGAGUUAUGAAUGGACGUAUACAUUUUAUAUCGCACGAGGACAUGGUAAUUUUGAACAAAGUCAAACCAGAUCAAUCAUGUUCCAACAUCAGCCAACAAUAUGAAACAUAAUGCUCAGACAUAAUGCAAGGCUGGACUUUUGUGGAAAUGCUGCAUGGGGGAGGUGGAAAAUAUUUCAGGACAGGUGUAGUGGUCUAGCCCACGGCCUCCAUGGAUGUUAGCGCUCAGAAUGUAUCCUCUGAAGUGUACAUAUCUAUCAAUGUAUUCAUGAAUUAUGACUGUACAACUCAUGCAAUUUUGCCCCAUGUUACAGUUAUUAUACUACAAAGCUGCUUUAGAAACAUUGCAUUAAAAGGAUAAUUGACACAGUGAUGAUUGAUUAUCACUUUUUUGAGUUUUUUUUAGAAAAAAGUGUUACAAGUGUAUAUUUAUAAAAAUUUUGUGCAAACAUUAAAGUUAACUGUUAGGUUUGAGUUAAAUUUUGACUUUGAUCCAUCAUUUUUCAAGGGGAAUCGCGUGAAUUUUCAGGAGACGUGCAAAAUGAUGGGCACUAGCUUCCAUCAAAAUCCAGCCAUGACAAUGUUCAAAAAAACCCAACCAAGUUGCAUGGGUGAUGUUGACCAUGGUUGCACUGUUUAGUUUGGCGGGCCUUUAUUACGAGCCAUCGCAGCUGGUGAACAUACUGUACAGUAUAAUCGAUUGCAACGCUUCGGUCUUCUUCCAUCAUUAGUGAAAUUUUUCUUUCUUGUUAAUUUCUUGCCAAACCUGUACCAACAUUGAAAUGCUAGACCUAGCUAACAAAGGUACGCCUUCGCUGUCGAUGGUAGACUCAUUAUUUACUAAACCUUUUACUUCUUACUUUCAGGUUCUUUUUCUAUCUCGGUAUUAUCUGGAAAGUUAAUGUUUAGAGAUGUUUUGUACGUGACAAAGGAUUUGACGUUUAGGUAAUUGACGUAAUAUGUAUAGUGAUUUAAAUUUCGUGUUCGUAUAAUUUAACGUGAACUAUCAAAUAUUAUUUUGAGAUUUUAAUGAUAACUGUGUUUCCUAGAGUGGUUGAUGGGUAUGCGAUAUUUCAUUGGUGGCAGAAGUAUAUCCCAGAGAAUGGUGGUAAAUUUUAAUUAUACAUCCAAAUAAACUCAUAAAAAUUUAAAAUUUUGCUAAAAUGUUAUGUUCGCCGUACUUGUUUCCAGUUGUUGACCAGUCUGGAACAAUUGUUGUUAUAAGAGGAGAUUUUUUUGUAAGUUCGUGACACGCGCUCAGAACUAAUGCGUAUAAUAUAUCACUUGAGGUUAUGACUAAAUUCAAAAUUUUUAUUUUUCGAUACGUUUCUCAAUCGGCAAACAAACUUAAAAAGUAUGUUUAGUACAUGCUCUAUCUGUAAAAUAAUGCUAAAAUGAAGAGAUUUUAGAUGAUACGCCAAAGAGAAAAUGAUGUCUGAAGUUCAGUGACAGUAAGUUUUGCAUAUAUGGCAGCCCGCUGUAAAUAUGGCGUCAAUUUUAAAGCAUCAUUGCAUGAUAAUUAGUGUAUUUUAAUUGACAAUUUUUAAGUAUUAUUUUAUGUUUCUCAAUAGGCAGAUGCAUUUAAAAAGGUUGCUAACUCUAUAAACUAGAGAAUAAAGCUAAAACAAAGUAAUUUUGAGAGGAACGCCAAAAAGAUUUUAGUUUUCAACACUUUUCAUUGCAAAUACGUGACAUUGAAAAAAAUUGCCUCUUAAUGUUAAAAGUUACCUGUUGCUUUAUUUUCUCCUUUCGUUUCCAAACGAAAUUCAUCAUAAGUAUAAUUAAACUUUAGCAUGAAAAAGAGGCUUUAGGUAAGCCUAAUUUUCAUGUCCAGGGCCGUCAAGAGGGCCCGAGGCAAAACUUUCCCAGGGGCCCCUAUGACGUCAUGUUUGCGAGAACAGGAGAAGCGGUGUUUUAGAAAAAAUUACACUUUACUGUAUGUUAUGCCGCAAUCUUGUAUCAAGAAAUCUUAAGGCCUUCGUUCCUUUGGGGCUCCUUUUAAGCUGGGGGCCCAGGGCAAAGUGCCCCCUGCCCCCUCCUCUCGGCGGACCUGUUUGUGGCUCACCCAUAGUACGCAAUAUGUGACUGUAUUUUCCCGGAUCUUGUUUUCUGGACACAGAGACCAUUUUUGCUGGAACAACGGACUUAUACACUUGGGGCAUUUUAAGGGGAGGGGGUUAAUAGAGGGAAGGAGUGCGCUUGGGGGAUUGAUUUAGCUGAAAUAAUAGAGUGUUAUAAAAGUACUGUCAUAGAAUGGACCUUUAACCUUAUAACUAAAAUUUUGAUGUAGACAAAAAUUUCAUCACAGCUUGAAAGAGCAUCACAAAAUUAGUAAUAUUCCAAAGUUUCGUUACGAAAUGUUGUAACAUGCGGAUAAUAUAUAGCCCUGCGAAGUUUGCAAUUUUCAGUCAUUUUAGAUUACAAACUGGAAAUUGAUACCCAAAUCGGGUGUUUGGGAAAAUUGCAAACUUCGCAAGGCUAUAUUAUCCGCAUUUUACAACAUUUCGCAACGAAACUUCGGAAUAUUACUAAUUUUGUUAUGGUCUUGCAAGCUGUGAUGAAAUUUUUGUCUAGACUUGUCUAGAUCAAAAUUUUAGUUAUAAGGUUAAAGGUCCAUUGAAAUGGUUAUUUUAAUUGUGUAUAUUGAUUAUUGGAUUGAUGUGGUAUACUUGUUUUCUCGUUGUAUAGUGGGGAAAAACCACAGCAAAAACCAAAGCAAUUCCUGCCGCUUGUCAGUUUCCUUGAAUGGCUUCGAAUUUCAUGUGUAUAACAGGUGCUAUACAUGUACACUGUUUGUAUACUUACAAUAUCUAAGAUAUAGGAAAACUACAAAAACAGUAAUAUACUGUGUAACCUAUGACUAACAUAAGGACUUCUAAUAAAUUAAACAUUCAUCAUAACCGUUGUAAUUUUUCAGGUCUGAUUUGUAUGACAGAUUACAAGACUUGUGCAAAAAAGAUCGUUACGGAGGUACAUUAUACAUCCAAUUUGUGGUUGUUUUUGUCGGGAAUCUGAUUUGAUUUAAUUUUUUGUAGUGUAGCCAAUGGUUGUACGUACAUAAGGGACAAAUCUUUCACAUUUCAGUUUAAUCAAUUUGGGUGAAAAUUCUACUAAAAAUUUACAAAAGUUGUGUAAUGGAUAUAUAAUUUUUUGUAAAAAUAGACGUGAAUUUGGCUGGCGAUCUCAUAUAGUAUAGUUUCUAUUUGCCCUCAAGUUGAAAUAUCUUAUUGAAGUAUUAAAUUCAUUUCCGUUACUUAAAUAUUCAUUCUUUAUUAUUCUUUAUUAGAUGCCCAUAAAUCAUCUGAAAAUUUGAACGAGGAUCAAAACAUUAAGUAAGAUUUAUUCCAAUUAAAUAAAUUGCUGUACUUUCCCAAUUCCAAUGAAUUUUGAAGCGAUCAAAUUGCACAAUACCAUUACUCAUUUGGAGAAUUUCACUCGACACAUUUCAUAUUAGAGAGGUUCAGAUUUGACUUCCACUACCACUAGUCCUACCACUACCAUUAGGGGACCAUUAACCAAUUAGAUGCGUUUGAUAUCCGAUUAACCAAUCAGAUGCGUAGUAAGCCAGUGAGAGGUAGUGGAAGUCAAAUCUGAACCUCGCUAUUAUUUCACAUCACGUAUAUAUAAACACGUUUACUGUUCUUCUUGUAUUUGGUUAAUAUUAUGCUAAUCAAGCUUUGUUAUCUUUUUGUGCAUGACACAUACAGCUGUAUUAUUUCAAAUAUAAAGUAAAUACUGUAUUGACUGAUCUUCUUGUUAUAUAGUGGUUAAUGUAGUAAUAAAAAAUGACAAAACUUAUCUUUUCCUUUCUCUUUUGUCCUGUCCUGUCUUGUCCAGUGAAAUUGUACCAGAUCACCAUGGGAAUUACCUCUGGAGGGAUCUUAUUCCAGCUAUCAAAUUUGACAUUAACUCAGUAAGUGAAAACUAAUUGAGAAGUUUACUUUGUUAUACACCAAAAUUAAUGUACAAAAUAGGUUGUUUAUAGUGUUACAUGCAUGUUACAGUACACUGUUACAUACCUUAGUGUAGAUUACAUUUGUAGGGACACUGGAAAUGGGGUAAUAUAAGUUCUGUAAGAGUGACCAGUCUUUUACGACAAAGUUUGUAAAUGAAUAAAUAAAUACAUACAUACAUAAAUCAGUGUUACACACUGUGACAUGCUCUAACCGUAAUCCCUCACUCCACAGCGCUGGCCUCACUGAAUAAAGCAUUUCAAUGUUGCAAUUGCAGGAUACUUUUAUUUGUAGCUUUUUUGUAAGCUGCGUGUAAUUAUUUUGAAGGGAAAGGUUGCUUUUGGAAAUAAAAUGGUGGAAACAACUCUGUGUUUUCAUUUUGAAAGUGCAGCUGCCAUAUAUAGGGUAAACAAGGUAAGAGGAAUUAAUAUGGUGCAGUCACUUUAAAAUUAAAUAAGUCAAACUUUCCGCUAAUGAGGUCAUACCUGGAUAUGACCUAGAAUUUUAAAUUCGUUUAAUUUCAUAUGUUAUGUUAUGUUAUGUUAUGUUAUGUUAUGUUAUGUUAUUUGAAAUAUUUCAAAUGGCCUAUAUAGGUUGAGUUUGAAAAAAAUGUUAGUAUACAACACCAAGAGCGGACAUUUUGACAUAUUUCAGUCCAUUUUACCAUUGUUUAUUGGUACAUACAGUUGUGAUAGAAUACAAACGUACGAGUAAAGCGAUAACCUAGGCCAUGGACGUCAGAUUGCGUAGUUAUAGUUUACACUUUAGACUGCUUUUCAUUCUUGCGCUUUUUAUACGACACUAUAUAUCCUUCUAAAUUUUAUAUUUGUUUAAUACGUUGACAAACGCACUAAAUGAAUCAUUAAUGAUGAAAAAAACCAACUAUAAAUAUGUACUUUUGUAGAUAUGUACACAUUCUGAUAUUUCAUAACUAGCGUUUAAAAUUAAUGGUUUACCUUUACAUUUUUCUUGCCUAUGCGUACGUAUGAAAUAAGGCUGACUGGAAUGCAGCGUUUAAUUUAGAACGUACUGCAUUGUGCAUGGUUUCUAAUAACAUAAUAAUUAAGCAAAAUGUUUGGGCAAACUAUUGAAUGGGAAAAUAUUUCAUGUACUGUGUGAAUUACAACUGUCAGAGAAUGUAUCCUUGUCAAAACGUUUUACGCUGGCCUUCUAAUAUUUUAUACAUUUUAUGUUCAUUAAUUUUCGUGUAUGAACCAUGCGCCAAGUUCAAAUCAAUACUAGAAACAUAUAAGUACUGCCAUGUUGUUUGAUUUUUAGCCUGCCUCAUUAUUGGACCAAUUUGCUCAUAAAGUAUCAUGUGACUGCAAGAAUUUUCGUGUUAUGUUGGCCCCCAGCAAUGGUUACACUGGCGACCGAGAUGAGUGAGUAGAAUAUCUAUAUUUAGUUAUUUGUGAAUGUCAUUAUAUAAAGGCUGAUUGACAACUUUUGCCUAAAACUGUCGCAUCCUACCCGCUUACAACUUGAGUUGUACUGUAAAUGAAGCACACCACUAGCUAACAUUGUCGUAGGUGAGUUGUAUGCUGAUUUACACAGUACAACGCAAGUUGCAUGCGACAGGUUUAGGCGAAAGUUGUGUAGUCUAAAGCCCAUUUUCCCCAAAUUUUCCACUAUAGGGGAAUUUGUUCGCGCGAACAGUAAAAAAGUGGGAACUUUCCAACUUUUCCGCGGCGAAUUUAUUCACUGACCAAUCACAUUGCCAAGAUUUGUUUUUCGCUUCGCGCGAACAAAUUCGCCUAAUGGAAAAUGAGCUUAAAUCGGCCAAUUAGGUACAGUAACGUUUACCAAUUAGGUACAGUAAUGCGGUUAAAUGUGUAUAUCAGAAUCUGUAUGUCCGUUCCAAAUUUCCAUUGCCACCACCUCUUUAAGCCCUUUCCAUCCCCAUGAAUUAAUUCCCCUCUGGAAACGCCAGCAAGCCAAAAGCGUCUCGACAAAUCCGACUACGGCGGAGAAAAAAUGAGCCCAUUUAGUUCAGCAUGUUUGAGUUUAUGAUGGAUUUGAAUCUGACGUAAAAAGUAAGUUGCUGUACAUCACAUUACAGAGGGUUUUUUUGUCAUAUUUAAUAUAUGGUUGUUUUACAGUCCUCCUCGCUACAUGGGCGAAGGUUUUGUUGUUCUUCAAUCACAAGUUUGUCAAAUGACGUAUUUACAAGAUGAACCAGGUACAUCAAUAUUUCCAAGUGCAGUAACAUUUUUCAUAUACGAAAGCUUUUGUUUGAAAUGUUGAAUAUUUUCUCCUCACACGUGUUUUUAAACACGUGUUUUUUUGCAGCUUCACCCUGGAUACCAAAUGUUAAGGCCUACUAGGCUUUCCAUAUAUUUAAGCAGCCAAAUAUAUGCAAAGGCCUUAACAUUUGGUUUACAGGGUGAGGCUGCAGAAACGACAUUUUCGUCUGUCCUGUUCAUUAAGAACAUCAGAAGAACGAGAAGAAAAGAUUUGCAUAUUAAUGUAGCAUUGGGUAGAAACUCACGAUCAAAUUAAUAUGAAACAAAAUAUAUAACUUUUCUGUACAAACAUACGUCUAGAACUACUUCUUGUGUUAGUGGUUGUGUGAACUUAUCAGAAUGGUUCUAUACUAAACGCCGCGGCCGACACCGGAUUCCGUAUGGUUGUUUUGAGAGUUGUUCAUCGCCCGUCCUUAAAAUUGUGUUUGAUUCCUAAGAUGUAACGUUCAAUUUUUCUGGUUGUUGUUAGGCGUUGUACCAGAAAUGAACACCGAAAACGAAAGUGCAAUAGAAACAGACCCUUGUUGGAAUCUUGAUGUUACUUUUGUUAAAUCAACAUCGCUUAGUUACGGUCCUUGGGCUGACAGGCAAAGGUAGUAUUCUGCAUAAAUUGAAUGUAAAUGUGGUUCCCCAUACAAACUAUGAUGUACAACGAAUGAACAAACAAUGCUGUAUAACGAAAGAACUUGUUACUUCUUAAUUUUCGUCAAACAUUCCCCAAGAAUAUAGUCAAUAUUUUAGAGAAGCGUAGUGCAAACUGCAUUUUAAAAUACAAGACAGUAUAUACAUGUAUUUUCUCCGAUAAAACCAAACCAUUUAGAUCUUCCCAGGAUAGUUGUCUGUAUUACCAGUCUGCUCUUAUGUCUAUGACUUAUAAUCUAUCACAAGGUGAUAUACCAAUAGAUAUAUGAUUUGUGUUUUAGAGAACAACUUCAGAAAUUCUUUUUCCCAUUUGACUAUCAAGAGCAAAUUGUUAGCAAAGCACUCGCCCCUGGCCAACGGCGAGAGCAUUCAGGAUUGGAUAUCAGAUUUGACUUUGAAUGUGAUUCUACACUUGACAUAUUAUUUACCAAGGAUCAGGUAAAUUGUCACACAGAUUUUCAGUUAUUCUUCUAGUCAUGUGUGUAGGGAACGGUAUUGUUUUAUAGUAAUGUACAAGCAUUUGUUGGUAGGGAUGCAACUACCUGAAAAUAUAUAACUUUACAAUGUAUAAAGGAAGUGUUAGGGAAACUGUCAUUACAAAUACUAUGCAGUGGCAAGUAUUUGAGGUGGUGUGAAUUGGUGUGAACUGGGUGAGUGUGCCAGGGCCGCCGAGAAGGGGGCAGGGGGGGGGGCAAAUUGCCCUGGGCCCCCACCUUAAUAGGGCCACGACUUGAUAGCGAGAGCCUAAAAUUGAGUAGGUUCUUUAAAUUGGUCAGAGAAUUUUUGAAAUUGAGGGCCCCUUACAGUAUCUCCACAUGCAGUCUAGUUAAGGUUAAAAAUAAAAAUAAUGCUUAAAAAUAAUGAUUUUUAAUGGGGCCCCAGGGAAGAUUUGUCCCAGGCCCUGCGAAUUCUCUCGGCGGCCCUGGAGUGUGCAUGAGGUGUGGGUGUGGUAACGUGAAGUACGUGGGUGAAGUAGUGUGAAGUACGUACGUGAAUGUGCAUGAAGGUGCAUGCAGUGAUGUGAAGUGCAUGAAGUGAUUUGAAGUACAUGAAGGUGCAUGAAGUGAUUUGAAGUACAUGAAGGUGCAUGAAGUGGUGUGAAGUACACGAAGGUGCAUGAAGUGAUGUGAAGUACAUGAAAGUGCGUGAAGUGAUGUAAAGUGCAUGAAGGUGCAUGAAGUGGUAUGAAGUACAUGAAGGUGCGUGAAGUGAUUUGAAGUACAUGAAGGUGCAUGAAGUGAUUUGAAGUACAUAAAGGUGCAUGAAGUGGUGUGAAGUACAUGAAGGUGCGUGAAGCGAUGUGAAGUACAUGAAUGUGCGUGAAGUGAUGUAAAGUGCAUGAAGGUGCAUUCAGUGAUGUGAAGUACAUGAAGGUGCGUGAAGUGAUGUGAAGUACAUGAAGGUGCGUGAAGUGAUGUGAAGUACAUGAAGGUGCGUGAUGUGAUGUGAUGUGAUGUGAUGUGAUGUGAUGUGAUGUGAAGUGCAUGAAGUGCGUGAAGUGAUGUGAAGUACAAGAAGGUGCAUGAAGUGGUAUGAAGUACAUGAAGGUGCGUGUAGUGGUAUAAAGUACAUGAAGGUGCGUGAUGUGAUGUGAUGUGAUGUGAUGUGAUGUGAAGUGCAUGAAGGUACGUGAAGUGAUGUGAAGUACAUGAAGGUGCAUGAAGUGGUAUGAAGUACAUGAAGGUGCGUGUAGUGGUAUGAAGUGCAUGAAGGUGCGUGAUGUGAUGUGAUGUGAUGUGAUGUGAUGUGAUGUGAUGUGAUGUGAUGUGAAGUGCAUGAAGGUGCGUGAAGUGAUGUGAAGUACAUGAACAUGAAGUGGUAUGAAGUACAUGAAGGUGCGUGUAGUGGUAUGAAGUGCAUGAAGGUGCGUGAUGUGAUGUGAUGUGAAGUACAUGAAUGUGCGUGAAGUGAUGUAAAGUGCAUGAAGGUGCAUUCAGUGAUGUGAAGUACAUGAAUGUGCGUGAAGUGAUGUAAAGUGCAUGAAGGUGCAUUCAGUGAUGUGAAGUACAUGAAGGUGCGUGAAGUGAUGUGAAGUACAUGAAGGUACGUGAAGUGAUGUGAAGUACAUGAAGGUGCGUGUAGUGGUAUGAAGUGCAUGAAGGUGCGUGAUGUGAUGUGAUGUGAUGUGAUGUGAUGUGAUGUGAUGUGAUGUGAAGUGCAUGAAGGUGCGUGAAGUGAUGUGAAGUACAUGAACAUGAAGUGGUAUGAAGUACAUGAAGGUGCGUGUAGUGGUAUGAAGUGCAUGAAGGUGCGUGAUGUGAUGUGAUGUGAAGUACAUGAAGGUGCGUGAAGUGAUGUGAAGUACAUGAAGGUGCGUGAUGUGAUGUGAAGUGCAUGAAGGUGCGUGAAGUGAUAUGAAGUACAUGAAGGUGCGUGAAGUGGUAUGAAGUACAUGAAGGUGCGUGAUGUGAUGUGAUGUGAUGUGAUGUGACGUGAAGUGCAUGAAGGCACGUGAAGUGAUGUGAAGUACAUGAAGGUGCGUGAAGUGGUGUGAAGUGUAUGAAUGUGAAUGAUUGUGGUAUGAAGUGCAUGAAGGUGUAUGAUGUGAUGUGAAGUGCAUGAAGGUACGUGAAGUGGUGUGCAGUGUGUGAGAUGUUGUGAGGGUGGAUUAAUUGAAGUGCAUUGGUGAAGUGGUGUGAGGUCCUUGAGGUGGUUUGAAGUGGAGUGAAAUAGUGAUGUGGUGUGAGGUCCGUGAGAGUGGGUGAUGUAGUGUGAAAUGCAUGAGAUGGUUUGAAGUAUGUGAGGUGGUUUGAGGUUAUAUGAAAUGCGUGAAGUGGCGUGAAGUUCGUGAUGUAGGAGUGAGGUCCGAAAGAAGGGUCGGUUAGGUGGUUUGAGGUGGAGCGAAAUGCGUGAAGUGAUGCGACGUGCGUGAAGGUGUGUGCGAGGGACGUGAAGGUGUGCGCGUGGAGUGUUGUGAGAGUGGGUGAGGUGAUGGGAAGUGCGUGAGGGUACGUGAAGAGGUGUGAAGCGCUUAAGGUGCGUGAAAUUCGGUGAGGUGAUGUGAAGUUCAUGAGGUGGUGCAAGAUACUUGAAAGUCGGUGAGGUGGUGUGAAGUGCUUGAGGCGGUGCAAGAUGCUUGAAAGUCGGUGAGGUUGUGUGAAGUGCUUGAGGUAGUUGUGAAGUGCUUGAGGUGGUGCAUAGUGCUUUAGAGUCCGUGAGGUGGUGUGAAGUCCGUGAGGUGGUGCAAAUUGCUUGAAAGUCGGUGAGGUUGUGUGAAGUGCUUGAGGUGGUGCAAGAUGCUUGAAAGUCGGUGAGGUGGUUGUGAAGUGCUUGAGUUGGUGCAAGAUGCUUGAAAGUCGGUGAGGUUGUGUGAAGUGCUUGAGGUGGUUGUGAAGUGCUUGAGGUGGUGCAAAGUGCUUGAAAGUCUGUGAGGUUGUGUGAAGUGCUUGAGGUGGUGCAAAGUGCUUGAAAGUCGGUGAGGUUGUGUGAAGUGCUUGAAGUGUUCGUGAAGUGCUUGAGGUGGUGCAAAGUGCUUGAAAGUCGGUGAGGUUGUGUGAAGUGCUUGAGGUGGUUGUGAAGUGCUUGAGGUGGUGCAAAGUGCUUGGAAGUCGGUGAGGUUGUGUGAAGUGCUUGAGGUGGUUGUGAAGUACUUGAGGUGGUGCAAAGUGCUUGGAAGUCGGUGAGGUUGUGUGAAGUGCUUGAGGCGGUGCAAGAUGCUUGAAAGUCGGUGAGGUGGUGUGAAGUGCUUGAGGUGGUGCAAAGUGCUUGAAAGUCGGGGAGGUGGUGUGAAGUGCUUGAGGUGGUUUGAGAUGAUGCGAAAUGGUGUGAGGGUGCCUGAGGUUGUGUAAAGUGAUGUGAUUGGUGUAGUUUGUCGGUACUGCCUUGUACAUUAUUUUGUCUCACACCACACUUCACAGCAUCUUAUAUCCCUCAUGCAAUAACUAAACCAUUACUAAUAUGUUAACGAUGACAUGUUAUUUUGGCAUGUUUUAAAUAAAAUUGGUGUGAAAAUUUUAAGACGUCCCUGACAUAUCGUUUUUCGGGCGAAGACGAAUUCUUCUGAAUUGCAAUUAUUUAUUUCCCUUAUCCCUUGUUCAGGAAACUCAAGCAGUUCAUUUAUGUGUUGGCACUGGUUCCCACGUGCAGAUCUACCAACCAUGGCGAGUUAAUGAAUAUGGUUACAUGGCGUCUGUGGUUGCACAUUUACAGCAAGUUGAAGCUUCAACAAGUUUACAAUUUCGUCAGUUUUUGGAAGCAGAGGGUGUAAAGGUAACUUUAAUUAUAAUCAAACCUUUGAGAAAUAUUGAGGAGAGGGUAUAUAGUGUUUGUUACUGUAUCGAUGUGAUGUCAAGAAAAUGCAUUGCUUGUCAGCUACUCAUCGCUUACUUGCUCAUCAACUACUUCAUACUUUUAUUUUAGGUCACUGUUAACAUGACUAUACCUCGCAUUUGGAAUCACACACAACACUGGUCAGCAGAUAUUACGUUGAGCAAAGCCACUUGGUAUUUCAUCUUCGCGCACAAAUUCUUCUUUCAAGGUGAAACUGAAUGUUUUAGUUUUUGUACUAUAGUUCCAAUAUUUGGCUACAAGGCCGUCGGAAGUAAAGGGGGGCUCAAUCACGUUCUUGAAUAAAUCUGAAUUGUUUUCGCACUUUUCUAGUUCUUUUGUGUGUUUUAUUUAUACAAAUGGAAAUUAUUGCCCCCCCCAUUGGUAGCCCCUCCCCCGCUUCCGACGGCCUUGGGCUACCUUUAUAUUGCAUUGAUGUAAUAGCACGUUUGACUUUUCGCUACUUUUAUUAGGUCCGUAACAUUUCAGGCAAAAAUGUACAAACGAAAAUCCGUAUUUUUGACAAGAUUUUAAAGUUGUAGUUUUUUGGUUCAGUCAGGACAAAACUCCAAAAGGUUAAAAACGGUGAAAUGUUAAAAAUGCUCUACGGUUUGAGCAGCUUAGCUGCUCUUCUUUAGGUACUUGUGCAAUAUGACGGCUUCUUUGUGAAGCUUGCUUGCCUGGACAGGCUGAAGUGUAUAUUAGGAUCAGGGUUGGAAAAAGUAUCGGACCAAGGGACUAUUUGGUUUCAGAAAAUUUCUAAUUUGUCAGACAAUUUUUGGAUGGAGUAAGAAAGAAAGAAAGAAGGAAGGAAGGAAGGAAGGAAGGAAAGACAAAAAAUGAAAAAGAAUUUAACAAAACAAAUAAGAGAACGCCGCAGUCCAGAUGUGAGGUCAACAAAUGCCUGGAGUGCAAGGGUCGACAAUUUCAAUUAUGCAACUUAAACAAUGGAUCGUAUUCAGUUCAGUAGCAAGCUAGAAUUUUGCUUUGUCACAGUGGUCCCAGACAAUUCUACCCUGAUCUACUAAUAAUAUACAUAUGUGUGUGGGAAAAUGUGUGAUUUAAUUUUGUUAAUACAGAUCUAGCAAAUGACUGGUCGACCAAGUCUGCCUCGGAACUUCUCAACUUCAUUCCUUAUGAAUGGGCUCUGAAUAUUGCGUUGAGAGAUUUUGAAAUGAUAUGGAUGGCAAACGAAUAUAACUGGAUAGAUUGUUCGACCAUUUUCCAAGAAAACAGUGAGUUAUGGGAAUUUCUGUAUACCUUUGAGAAAUAUUGCAUAGAAAAUUCAAUUAAAAACGUAUCACUUUCAUGGUAUUUUUUAUUUUUGCCUUUCUAACUCAAUCUCGUUCCCCGAGCCUGCGAUCAUCAGGAAGGAACACGAGGCUCUGGGAUAAUCCGUUUCAGGGAGGAAUCUGAUUGGCCGUUGAAAUGGAAUGCGUAGUUCAAUCUUAGCCAGGAUUCCUGGCUUCCGGCAACGGAUUAUCCCAGAGCCUCGCGUUCCUUCCCGAGGAUCGCAGGCUCGGGGAACGAGAUUGUUUCUAACUUUACCAUAGCGUAUGCCACCUAUCUCGUCCCAGGCCCUCUAAUCUGCUCUCUCUCGUUUCAUUGAGAUUUCCAAUUUCCGUGGUCUUUGAAUGUGCUACGAAUGAAAUAUACUUUCAAUAGCUUUCAGUCAUUCAGGUAGCUAACUGUUUCCCUGCAUUUCCAACAAAUGGUAAAGUAAGGUGACUCUGGGUUCUACCAUUGUCAAGUGCAGAUAUAGACCUUUCAAAUAUGAAACUAGUCUUUAAACUAGUCUUUUAUAUGAUACUUUUACAAAUAUUAUUAUUAUUAGUAGCCAUCAGCCGUUCUCUUUCUUUUAGCCGAGCUAGCUUUAUGUGGCGAGUCUUUGGAUCUAUCUUUCACACUAUCUUACACUACCUUUCUGCCCGAAAUCGAGGAAAUCAAAUUUCUUAUUCAAGUGAGUAAAAUUGGUUUCUUAUGCAGGUGACGUUAUUCAUAAAACCAGAAUGCAUAUUCAUGACAAACACGGCUAAUUUUAACGAGAUGAAACUAAACUAAACUAAGCUAAGCUAAGUAGUAAACAGUCCUUAAGCAAAACGUUUUUUUUGUUAAUUUCUCAAUGAAGGUUGAACGACUUGUAGGGAGAUUGAAUAUUCCAGAAUCCAAUACUCUUCGUCGUAGUUUAUUAUCACUAGCACGAGAUGAAGAUCGCAAGACAACUCCCAGUAUUAGAUCAUCGACAUCAGCAAAUGUUGAUCAAGAAACUCAUGAUAGUGCAGAUGAACAGACGCCAUCUAAUGACGAGAAUGAACUCAGUGGUGGCUGGAGAAGACAUACUGAGUUAAGGAAUGGAUGGGUUGAUGUAUUCUCUACACCAAUACUUUCAGUAAUCAUUACAUAUAUUUACCAUCCUAUCGUGCCAGGGGAAACAUUUCAAAAUGUUCAAGAACGUUGUCGGUCAUAUGGUGAAUCCGUACCAGAACUAUCUACUGAUCUUGAAGCUGAUGUCAUCAAUUUAGAAGUUGAUGCUAAUUCUUGUGCGUUUAAACUCGUAGGGAUGGUACUAAGGGCACUUGGUAAUAUCAAGGUAAACAAUCUUCUGCUAAGUUGUUAACUGGGAACUAGCCACCAAGUUUUGGGAAAUAAGAGAUGUAAAAUGUUGGUGUAUAUCAUUAUUUUCGGUAUUUCUAGAUCACUAAACUUUUCAACCAACUUUUGCAACUAUUUAAAUAUUUUGUACAAAUAACUUAAAGUAUAAAUAAAUGUUCAUUGUAUAGGUAUCAUGCAGUUUAUACUAUAAAAUACUCCUUUUUACUUAUGUGUAUUAAUGAUACAUACGAUAUUUUUAAGAGUGAUCAUUACUCUAGAUAAUUUAAAUGACGUAAUCGACUUUCUUAAGUGAUUAUAGUAUAAGGAGCAAGGUUAGGUUGGGGAUUAUAGGAUUAUAGGAUUGCAUAGAUUAGGGUAUGAAAUCGCUGUGUUUAAAUACCAUAACCCAGGAAUGCACGUGUAAUGAUUCAUUACAUUUUCUUUAUAACAUCCAGGGAUGUUUGCACAUUGGAAUUUUUAGUUUAGUUUGGAUCGCCAUUACUUUUUCGGACAUAGUUUUAGCCGUUUGCACAAAUAUCUCGAUUGAUUAUGGACCAAUACCUGCAGUGCAAACUUUUAAUAAAGACACUUUGAAUCUGUUUUGUCUGCAGGAGAACUAUUUUGGUGCCUAUCAGAUUUACAGAGACUUUGAUGCACGGAGUUUAUCAAAAAUAAAACGGACAGUUACUUCUCAAGACGUUGGUGGUGAUGACUUAAGUAUUACAGAUGUUGAUCCACUAUCAUUGCGACCCAUGGAGGCUAAUGUUCUGGUUAACUUGGGCUCUAUCAGGGCUGAAUUGACUCAGGUACAUUAUACUGCUUUUGCUUGUUCACAUGUUUGUUUGUUUUGCUCAAUAGUUCCAGUUAAUUAAUCGGUGUAACUUUUGUUUCAUGUGUAAGAAUUGAUAAGCCUCAUUUUUAUGCAUUAUUUGAUACAGCUUAGCGCUACAUGCAUGGCUGACCAUAUGUUACACGCCUGCGCCUCUCUCUCCUCCGCAGAGAGGAGAUUAAUUUAGCAAGAAUUUCGUUAUUGCGCUAGAAGGUAAAUAAAGGGGAAAAGUAACUGCUAAAAUUCUGUACGCGGGAGAGAAGAGAAGGGAAUUUUAAAGGUAUUGUUUUUUGUUUUCCUCUUUGUUACCCCCCGCCCCCAAUGGUCCACCCGUAAACUGAACUUAUCAUUGAAUUUUGGUGCAGAUUUUAAACUCCGUAUUGUUGUCAUGGCUCGGCAAAGAAUUUCCACAAUGAAGACAACUUUUGCGUUGAAUUUCUCUUUAAAUGCAAUAGUUUCUUUGAGAAGAUACAUCACACACUUGAAGUCGUUUUUAGUAAGAAACACUUCAAAGUGUGUUAAAAACUCGAUUAGGGCUCCGUUUUUUCGAAGCAUUUUUUAGUGCUCCAAGUUAUUGGAAUAAGAUCCUUUUCCUGUAUGCUAAUUGCAACACACUUUUAAUGAAUUUCUGACAGCAUUGCAGUUGUGAAGAUGUGGCUUCUCCCCUUUUUGUUACUGAUCGUUUAACAUUUGAAAUGCACAAGAAUUUCUCCGAGACAAGAUUACAGCUUCAACUUACACCAACAACAAUCUUUGCUAAUGAUGUCAUCAAG